CUUGUUUCUCAAUUUGAUCCUUUUACAUGGUUUUAUAUGUCCUUGUAUUUUAUGCAUUUUAUGCAUUGCUGUUAUUUUUAUUGAUUAGUAAUUAUUGCAAUUGCAAUAGACUGGAUUUGCUUAAUUACCAUUUUCUGAUUUUUAAUUUUGCUGUUUACUAUUGUAUUCUAAUGGAGUGCUGAACAUCGCUUGCUUGGAUAGAAGCUGUUUGUUCCAAAGUUAUGUCUUUAUUAUGACACUUUCAUAUUGGAUCAGGUUGUGAUCAGGCGCGUGCGUGAUCUCUGCCGCCUGUUUUACUGUUUCUCCGGCUUUGCAAACCCGCCUCGCGCGCAGUAAUCUGGAAAGGCGGUAUGCAAAUCAAAAUGAACAGAGGUGGCAAGGUCCAGGGUUCGAAUCCUCCCCACUCAGCCACCUGCGCGCUCUCCCCCCAGCCUACCCCUCAGGGUUGUUGUAAGGACCAAACAGGGAAGGGAAGCGUGAUCUCCUGGGAUAAGAAGGACGGGGGUAGAAAUGUCAAUAAAUAUCUCGUUCGGUUGAGAGAGAGGCGGGAGAUGGGGAAGCGGGAGGGCGGCAGGGGCUGCGCGCUCAGCCUGACCCCGUGGAGAAUUCGCUAUUUGCUUUUUCCCAUCUCCCUCCCUCUCCCUCUCCCUCUUUCUCUCUCUCCCCCCGAGGCGAAGCUGCGGCUGACAGCAUGACUAGCAGGCAGGCGAUUGUCUGGCUCGGCUGUGUUUAGUCUGCGCCUUCGCCGCCGCCUCCUUCCCCGUCUUUCGCUCCCAUUUGGAGAAGGGAGCGCAAAGAGAGCGCGCGCUCCUCUCCAAAAGCAGCAGCCGCCGCCACCGACGCGCGUCCCGCCGCCUUCAAGGGGGGCUUAAUCCGCCUGCCACGUCCAGGGGAGCAUGCCUGAGCCCCGCGGAGAGCAUCCGUGCACCCCGGAGAGGGAUCGCCCAUAGCCGAACAACGCUGCUCCCGCCAUGUCCCUGAGCCAGCCCAGCAGCAGCGAUGCGUGCCUGAGCAUUGUGCACAGCCUGAUGUGCCACCGGCAGGGCGGGGAGAACGAGUCGUUUGCCAAGCGGGCCAUUGAGAGCCUGGUCAAGAAGCUGAAGGAGAAGAAGGACGAGCUGGACUCCCUCAUCACGGCCAUCACCACCAACGGCGCACAUCCCAGCAAGUGCGUCACCAUCCAGCGCACCCUCGAUGGCCGCCUGCAGGUGGCCGGGCGCAAAGGCUUCCCCCACGUGAUCUACUCCCGCCUGUGGCGCUGGCCGGACUUGCACAAGAACGAGCUCAAGCACGUCAAGUUCUGCCAGUUCGCCUUCGACCUCAAGUACGACAGCGUCUGCGUCAACCCCUACCACUACGAGCGGGUGGUGUCUCCGGGCAUCGGACUGAACAUCCAGAAUACAGGUGAGAUACAAUCCUGCUUUGUUUUUCUGGAUGAUGGCCUAGGACAGGACUGGGGGCGGACCUCUGACCUUCCAGCACCUCCCCCGCGGCUCGUGAAAGAGGAAUUCAUUCCCGACUGCAUCCAGAUGGAGGUCCCGCCUCCUCCGCCGGCAGAUCACCCCGGCCCUGGGAUCAAGGCCGGUCUUCCUCAGGCAGAGCCCUACCAGCCCUUAUCUCCCCUGCAGCUUCCGGAACCGCCCCAUCCUACCGCUGGCAUCUACCCCGCAUUGCCUUUGUCUCCCCCAGGCCCUCCUGGGGGGCCCCUGCUCCCUCUCCUUCAUGGUGAGGGUCUUCUUCAGAUCUCCACCCCCUCGCACCCCCCAGCCCCUUCUCCGGCUCCCCCGAGCGCCCAGCAAAAUGGGUGUGCCCCCAAACUGCCCUACCAGAAUUCGACAACCAGCUGGACAGGGAACGGCGGCACCCCAAGCUACAGCUCCGUUGGGAGGAGCCAGGAGCCCACCCCGCCUCCGCUCCCCGCUCCCCAGCAGCAGCAGAACGGACGGAGUUACCCUCAGCCUCCUCUUCACCAUUCAAACCAUUACUGGCCUGCUCAUCACAGUUCGCCUCCCUACCAGCCGCCAGUCUCCAGUCACCCUGGCCCUGAGUUCUGGUGCUCGAUCGCCUAUUUCGAGAUGGACGUGCAAGUGGGAGAGAUCUUCAAGGUGCCCGCCAACUGCGCCGUGGUCACUGUGGACGGAUACGUUGACCCUUCGGGCGGAGACCGCUUCUGCCUGGGACAGCUCUCAAACGUCCACCGCACCGACACCAGCGAGCGCGCCAGGCUGCACAUUGGGAAAGGAGUCCAGCUGCAGUGCCGUGGUGAAGGUGAUGUCUGGAUGCGGUGUCUGAGUGACCACGCCGUCUUUGUGCAGAGCUACUACCUGGACCGGGAGGCUGGCCGUGCUCCGGGGGAUGCUGUGCACAAGAUCUACCCUGGCGCCUACAUCAAGGUCUUUGACCUUCGCCAGUGCCACCGCCAGAUGCACCAACAAGCAGCGACAGCGCAGGCGGCAGCGGCGGCUCAGGCAGCCGCUGUGUCGGGGAGCAUCCCUGGGCCUGGCUCCGUGGGGGGCAUCGCACCAGCUGUGGGCCUCUCAGCUGCGGCCGGCAUUGGCGUCGACGACCUCCGCCGCCUGUGCAUCCUCCGGCUCAGCUUCGUCAAGGGCUGGGGCCCGGACUACCCCCGCCAGAGCAUCAAGCACACUCCCUGCUGGAUCGAAGUCCACUUGCACCGAGCCCUGCAGCUCCUGGAUGAGGUCCUUCACACCAUGCCCUUGGCUGACCCGGGCUCCAUCAACUAGAUUAAAUUGCGAGGCAAGGAAGACGGAGAGGUUCUCAGCGAUCCCGCAGCCUCUGGGGUUUGCAGAGGGGCGGGGAUUGCCGCCGGCGCUGCGAAGGAGACUCUGGCCCCCACGCUCAUGAUAGCAGUGGGGGCAAGUUCCCCGGAGUCUCCGAAAGGACCGAGACGGCGGAAUUUGCCCUUGAACACGCCCUGCCGCCUUUCGAAGGGGUGCCGCGACUUUCUCUGUUCCCAGACCAGCGGCGGAAUGAAUGACUUCAAAGGGGUCACCUUUCUGGCCAUCUCAAAAGACUGGUCCUUUUCUUGCCAGCUUUUCUCUUCUGAGCGCCAACGACCCGGUUGCGGCUCGGCUGAGCAGCUGAGAAUCGCCGGAGAAUCUCCACCCCCCACAUCUGAAAAUCUGGCUCUUAGAGACGUUCUUCUAGGAGCCGGUCCUACCGCUAGGUGGAGGGAGGCAGGUGCCUCUCAGGUGGCAAAUCCUGGGAGGCGGGGAAUGGCAGCAAGGAUGUGUGAGGGCAGAGCUGGACUUGCAGCCUGGGCUCCUUCGCAGCCCCUUAGCUAGCCCACCCCUAAGUUGUUGCUGCCCUAGGAGAGGAUGGCGUCCCACUGCCGGCAUUGAAGAGAAACCCAACCACCGGUGAUGCUUCCCAGCACACGAAAUGGAGGGAGCCAUAUCGUCCUUUGCCCUGACGUGCAAGGACAUAUUUGGCCAGCUCUGAUUUUUAUGCUUUAAAUCCCCAAGCGGAGGCUGCAAUAUAUGACUUUAAUCAGUUAAAGUAAUCGAGUCGAACGAUGCCCCUGACAACUCGGAAAGGACAAAAAUGAAGCACUUGCAAAUUUGGGUCUGGGGAACCUCUGACCGUCUAAAUGAGGCUGAAUGGCAACUCCUAUCUGCCCUAGCAAGCAUGGCCCAGUGGCCAGGGAUGAUGGGAGUUGUAGUUCAACAAGGCCUGGAAGGUCAAAGAUUUUCCUCCACCUGCUAUAAAGGGUUGCAAUCAACGAACUCCGACUCAAAGUAGACCCGUUGAAAUCUGUGGGCUUUGUCAUUCCUGUUGAUUUCAAGUGGUCUUACUCUUCCGUGGGACUUGUAUCCCCCCACAUCUGCAGGUGGUGAGUGCAAUCACGUUGUAAUGAAACCUCUAAAACAUUGUCGGCCAAGAUGUGGUCAUCCAUCAUCUGGAAACCAAGCCAAAAUGUUUGCUUCUUGACUCAGAAGCAGUGUUUCCCUACCCCAUGCAGAUUCCGUCUAGUGAAUGUCGCAGGAUCUAUUAAUCUAGAUUUCUUGAAUCUACUGGGUUGCAGUUCAAAACACCAAAUAAUUGUGCCGGGGGGCGGGGACCAAAAGCCUAACUGAUCAAACAACCCCUUUCAAAUCUCUGGGGUUUGCCACCCAAACUGGACCGCUUAUCUCUGUGGGAGGCAGCAGUCAGCCUUGGCCCCCAAAUUCUGCCCCACGACAUAUCCGGUGGCUCGCUGGUUGGUUCCUUCCUGUGCCACUUGCGGACUUAACUGGAGCUAUGUGCGUGGGGCCAAUUCUGCAGCAGCUCAGGAAAACAGGUUGAACGUGGUAUCAAGGCGUAGCAUUUCUGGAGAAAUUCAUCUUUUGUGGCCAGGUUUCUAGCCCUUUGUGACUGUGAGGGUAAGCAGCAGGGUGGUGGGGAAAUGGUGUUGUAAGCUGCAUGACCUUAUAUGAAGAUUGCAGGCUCUUGACUGGCUUGGGAGCAGAAUCACAGAGUUGGAAGGGACCCGGAGGAUCAUCUAGUCCAACCCCUCUGCAGUGCAGGACUAUGAAGCUCUCCCAUACGGGGAUCGAACCCGCAACCUUGGCAUUAUCAGCACCACGCUCUAACCAACUGAACUGUCCAGACUGACUUAUGGAAUGGCUUCUAUGCUCAUGACAGACCUGCCAACCAAUCACCAAUCUCUGGUGGUGACAGGCACCAGCUCAACUGGUGCAGCCCCUUUUUCUUAGCAGGGAGAUGAGGUUAUGGGGGCAAAGCCUCGUAUAGAUUUCUGGCCGUCAGGAAAGCCAGGAGGGGUUUAUGUAGGGUGAUUGCUUUCCUUUUUUUUUUUUUUUUAACAGAUGUCUAGUUUGCCAAAAUUCAACAGCCGCAGCUUUGCUCCUUAGGCAGGUUGUGUGUAAAAGCUGUACCUGUUGCACUUCUGCCUGCUACUCUGACCAAAAAAGGCACAUGAGCCCUGAAAAUGGAGGGAAAGUAGCUGUCUUCAUUCUGCUCCUCUGCUCCAUAGACCUGUGUGACGGCUGCCUAGGUCUUUCCAGCAGAUGUCACUCAUGCUGUGACAUCCCCCCGUCCAUCUGGGACCGCUUACAGUAGAGCAGAGCCACUUGGUAACUGGAUCCUGGACUGCAUAAAGCCAGGAGCAGCUAGCAUAGCCCCCUCCAGAUGUGGCAAGAUUAUAAUCCCAUGCUGGGGAAGACUGAUGGGAUAUGUAGUCCAACAACAUUGCAGGGCGCCAUGUUGGCUACCCCCAGCACAAGUAACAACAUAUGUUGCUCCCUCCUCAGAGGGAAGUCUGAUACCUUGCUGACGCCCCUGCAAAAGACUGCACCAAACACCCCCCAUCCGCCAUUUUGUUGUGAGGACAGAGGGGAACGGUGCCACGCUGAACUGGAUUUGCCAAGGGAGAUCCACUGGGAAGAUCGGAUGUGAUCACCCCAUCUCUUGACUCAGCAACGUUGCCAACUUCUUGACGGGCCUUUGUAGCUGCGUCUUUUAACCAUGGCUUGAUCUGAAACAAACAAACCACAUAAAACACUGCAGAUGAUUUUUUUCCCUUAAUUUCUGUGCUGUGAGGACGUUUCACCGACGUUUCUGUAGACGAGGGGGCUUUAAAGGUACAGGAGUGGAGCCCCCAGAAUGGUUUUUAUAUAUUCCUGGUAAGAGGGCAGCCUUAUCCGGUCCUUGUGUCUUGCACAGGGCACGGCACUCAGCCAGGAACAGAUUAAGACAGCUUUUGCCAAAGCGGCGGGAGCCCUCUCAAGACGUUUUGUUGACAGGCCCAGCCAGCGCUUUUGGAGAGGGCAUCAGGUCAGCAAAGGCUGGCUUAGGGUCUCCAGUCCCGGGCCCAAUCCUGUGGUUUCGGGCCUGUUAUUUCGCACUGACAUUCCUCUGUAAUGCACUUGUUUGAUUCCUCUUGUUUCGCCUCUGACAGUUCUGUCGUUUUUAGUAACCAUUAUUUAAAGGAGAUUUUGCUUUUCA